GGAGGGGGUUGGGGGCCGGGCGGCAGCUCCCGCCUCCAGCUGGUGCCCAUUGGCUGGGGCCUCGAGGGUGCCCGAAGACCGGAGUGCAGUUUGAUUGGCCGCAGAGGCUCGUGACAGCGGCGCCCAUUGGCUGUGGUAGCCCCCGUGACGCGGGGUGGCGACUGGCUCCCGGUUCUGAGGGGCUCCUGCUUGUCAGGUUCUAGCUCAUGUUUUUCUGGCCAGACCUGUGGUCAUUCCCGUGAGACUUCACUGCACAUUUUCUGAAGUGUCUUCCUCAUCCCUAAUGUGUAAUCCUUCAACAUGGACCUGCUACUUUAGCUAAGAUAUGACCAGCAAUGAAUAGUAGUAAGAUAUGUGCUGAUUAGAAGGCUCACAGUGCAGUGUGGAGGAUAAGACAGUGCCUUACAAAAAUGGGGUUUGGGAGUGACCUGAAGAAUUCACAUGAAGCUGUGCUAAAAUUGCAAGACUGGGAAUUACGGUUACUGGAAACAGUGAAGAAAUUUAUGGCCCUGAGAAUAAAAAGUGAUAAAGAAUAUGCAUCUACUUUACAGAACCUUUGUAAUCAAGUUGAUAAAGAAAGCACUGUUCAAAUGAAUUAUGUCAGCAAUGUAUCCAAGUCUUGGCUACUUAUGAUUCAGCAGACAGAACAGCUUAGUAGAAUAAUGAAGACACAUGCAGAGGACCUAAAUUCUGGACCCCUACACAGGCUCACCAUGAUGAUCAAAGACAAACAGCAGGUGAAGAAAAGUUUUGUAGGUGUUCAUCAGCAGAUAGAGGCAGAGAUGAUCAAGGUUACAAAGACAGAAUUAGAGAAAUUAAAAUCCAGCUAUAGACAGUUAAUAAAAGAAAUGAAUUCUGCCAAAGAGAAAUAUAAAGAAGCUUUAGCUAAAGGGAAAGAAACCGAAAAGGCCAAGGAACGAUAUGACAAAGCGACAAUGAAACUUCAUAUGUUGCAUAAUCAGUAUGUAUUAGCAUUGAAAGGGGCGCAGCUGCAUCAGAAUCAGUAUUAUGACACCACACUUCCUUUGCUUCUGGACUCCUUACAAAAGAUGCAAGAAGAAAUGAUAAAAGCACUAAAAGGCAUAUUUGAUGAAUACAGCCAGAUAACCAGUCUUGUUACAGAGGAAAUAGUGAAUGUCCAUAAAGAGAUUCAAAUGUCAGUUGAACAGAUAGACCCUUGCACAGAAUAUAAUAAUUUCAUAGAUGUUCACAGAACAACGGCUGCUAAAGAGCAAGAAAUUGAAUUUGAUACUUCCUUACUAGAAGAAAAUGAAAAUCUUCAGGCAAAUGAAAUUAUGUGGAAUAAUUUAACAGCAGAAAGUUUGCAAGUAAUGUUGAAAGCUUUAGCAGAGGAACUUACACAGACACAGCAGAUGCUUUUAAACAAGGAGGAGGCUGUCUUGGAACUAGAGAAGAGAAUUGAGGAAUCUUCUAAGACCUGUGAAAAGAAGUCUGAUAUUGUGCUUCUACUAAGCCAAAAGCAGACACUUGAAGAGCUGAAACAGUCAGUCCAGCAGCUGAAAUGCGCUGAGGCAAAGUUCACAGCACAGAAAGAAUUACUAGAGCAAAAAGUACAAGAAAAUGAUGGGAAAGAGCCACCUCCAGUAGUAAAUUAUGAAGAAGAUGCACGAUCAGUUACAUCUAUGGAAAGAAAGGAGAGGCUAUCCAAGUUUGAGUCUAUUCGUCAUUCAAUUGCUGGAAUAAUUAGGUCUCCAAAAUCUGCACUGGGCUCUUCAACAUUCUCUGAUACGAUCCCUAUAAGUGAGAAGCCCCUGGCAGAACAGGACUGGUACCAUGGAGCAAUUCCCAGAAUAGAAGCACAAGAUCUAUUAAAACAACAAGGAGACUUCUUGGUGCGAGAGAGUCAUGGGAAACCUGGUGAAUAUGUCCUUUCUGUAUAUUCUGAUGGACAAAGGAGACACUUUAUCAUACAAUUUGUUGAUAAUCUAUAUCGAUUUGAAGGCACUGGUUUUUCAAACAUCCCUCAGCUUAUAGAUCAUCACUAUACAACAAAACAGGUCAUCACUAAGAAAUCAGGUGUAGUUCUGCUGAAUCCUAUUCCUAAGGAUAAGAAAUGGGUUCUCAAUCAUGAAGAUGUCACAUUGGGAGAAUUACUGGGCAAGGGAAAUUUUGGUGAAGUAUAUAAGGGCAUAUUAAAGGAUAAAACUGCUGUUGCUGUUAAAACAUGUAAAGAAGAUCUUCCUCAGGAACUGAAAAUAAAAUUUUUACAAGAAGCCAAAAUUCUCAAGCAAUACGAUCAUCCCAAUAUUGUCAAACUUAUAGGCGUUUGCACACAAAGGCAGCCUAUCUACAUCAUUAUGGAACUGGUUCCAGGAGGUGAUUUCCUGUCCUUUCUGAGAAAGAAGAAAGAUGAGAUAAAACUCAAACAAUUAGUGAAAUUUUCAUUAGAUGCUGCUUCUGGUAUGUCCUAUCUCGAGAGUAAAAACUGUAUACACAGGGAUCUUGCUGCAAGAAACUGCCUGGUAGGUGAAAAUAACAUUCUGAAAAUCAGUGACUUUGGAAUGUCUCGUCAAGAGGAUGGGGGAGUGUAUUCAUCUUCUGGCUUAAAGCAGAUUCCCAUUAAAUGGACAGCACCAGAAGCUCUUAAUUAUGGGAGAUACAGUUCUGAGAGUGAUGUGUGGAGCUUUGGCAUCCUCCUCUGGGAGACAUUCAGCUUGGGGGUCUGUCCAUACCCUGGAAUGACAAAUCAACAAGCCCGGGAGCAAGUGGAAAGAGGAUACCGAAUGUCAGCCCCUCAGCACUGCCCAGAGGACAUUUUCAAAAUCAUGACGAAGUGCUGGGAUUAUAAACCUGAAAACCGCCCCAAGUUCAGUGAACUUCAGAAAGAACUCACUGUCAUCAAGAGGAAAAUCACACAGUGAUGGAACAGUGCAAACAGCUUCUAGGACCUGGUCCUCCAACAGAGUGACACUGUUCUCAUUAACAAUGAGUUUAUACCGCAUUACCUACAACAGUCUUCUAAGGUGAUUUUUGUUAUUAACUGUUUUUUUUAAGUAUGUGCCACUGACAGAAAAAAAAAAAAGGCAAAGGCCAAUGUAUUCCAGAAACAGACACUCUUACCAAGGGCUUUAUUAGCUCACCACAGCAAUCCUGCCAUUUCUGGCCAUUGUAAAUAGAAAAGCACAGCCUCUCAGUGGGAGGGAAGAUCAGAUCUUUUUCACACCAGGACCACUGAUGUUUCUCAAAGGUUUUCUACUUCAGGCACAGUUCCCAGGCUGCUGUCCUGUGCCACAGACUGACUCCAUGGGUGCUAGAGCAACACUGGUAAUGCCAUUGUCUGUAAGACACAUUCCAACCAAAAGUGGCUUUUUGCUCUGCCAAGGCAAGAUUCUGUUUGUCAAUAUCAUUUUCUGUUGGGAGCUAAUUGA